AUUCACUUCCUUGGUGAGAAAGACAAUCUCUCAAUGUGUUUUUAUUACUACAUGUAGCUGUGUCAGAUCUAUACUUUUUCUUUUCUUAAUUUGAUUGCUUUCUGUAAACAUCCAUUUCUCUGCAAACAGAGUUGAAGCUCCCUGUCUGGCUUAAUCAAGAGAAACAUACCAUUAAGAUUUCUUCCAGAGGAGCAAGAUGCCUAAUUUCAGUUUAUGGGUGACAUUUGCCCUGCUCUUUGCUCUUACCAAAAGUGCUAACCAAGAAUCUCCCACAACUUCACCUGUAAUGAAAAUAGCCCCAGGCAAUGUGGAUUUUGCCUUCAAAUUGUACCACAAACUUACUUCACAAGUGUCUAACAAGAACCUGUUCUUUUCUCCUUUGAGCAUCUCCACUGCUUUUGCCUUGCUGUCAUUGGGGGCUAAAACCACCACUCUGAAUCAGCUUUUAUCAGAACUUGGCUUUAACCGGGCAGAAAUCAGUGAGGAAGAAGUACACAAAGAUUUUCUCAAUCUCCUUCAAACAUUAAACAAUCCUACGGCAGAAAGAGAACUAAGCAUUGGAAAUGCCAUUUUUAUAAACAAUCAGUUUGAACUCCUGAAGGAGUUCGUAGAGAACGCCAAACAUUUUUAUCAAGCAGAUGUACUCCCUGCUGAUUUUAGUCACCCCGCAAAAGCAGAAAAGCAGAUCAAUGACUACAUCAACCAAAAAACCAAUGGAAAAUUGAACGAUGUAGUCAAGGGUUUUGAUUCAUCGGUAGUUACAGUCAUUGUCAACUAUAUUUUCAUGAAAGCUUACUGGGAAGUACCUUUCAACCAUGCGAGUACACGUGAAAGGAACUUUUUUGUGGAUGAACAAACAACAGUGAAAGUUCCUAUGAUGAACAGACAACAUCCCUUUGAUAUUUACGAGGACAAGGAUCUAUCCUGCAAGGUCUUGCACCUUCCAUACAAGGGUGAUAUUUCAGCACUAUUCAUUCUGCCUGAGCCCGGAAAAAUGAAACUGGUGGAAAACGCUCUGGGAAAAGAAGUUCUGUUAAAAUGGGGGAAGUCACUAAAAUCACAGAGAGUACAACUCUCUCUUCCAAGGUUUUCAAUAUCUGCUGAGUAUGAUGUAAAAGACCUAUUAAGUCAAUUGGGAAUUACUGAAGUAUUCACGGAUCAUGCAGACCUAACUGGAAUUACGGGGCAGCAUAACCUUAAGGUUUCAAAGGCUAUUCAUAAGACAUUUCUUAAUGUCCAUGAAAACGGCACCGAAGCUGCAGCUGCCACUGUCGUUGAAAUUAUGUUCAAGAGUCAUGCCCACGUAUUGGAUAUUGCCUCGUAA